GCCCGUUCUUUCUCUCCUUCCUUCACGACCGCACCGCGACCACCAGCCGCGCCAUCGAUGCCGUACAAGUUAUCGGCCUCCCUCACCGCCCAUUCCUCCGCUGUUAGGGCGGUCGCCUCCCCUACAAGCGAUCUUAUCCUCUCCGCCUCGCGCGAUAGUACAGCGAUAUCAUGGAAUAGGACCGGAGACGCUUCCUUCGUGCAAUCCUCCACCCUCCGUGCCGGCUCUCGAUGGAUCAACGCAGUGGCGUACCUCCCUCCUGCUCCCGGCGCGCCCGAAGGGUACGCGAUCACAGGAGGUCAGGACACGGUGAUCAAUGUAUUCGCGUUGCCCAGUACGAAGGGCGAGCCCAACUUCUCGCUCCUAGGACACACGGAUAAUGUAUGCGCGCUUCACGCCGCGGACGACGGGACGAUUAUUUCGGGCUCCUGGGAUAACACGGCGAAGGUGUGGAAGGACUUCCAGCUGCUCUAUGACCUCGUUGGACACCAUCAAUCCGUCUGGACAGUCCUGGCUAUCGAUGGCACGCAGUUUCUGACAGGUUCCGCGGACAACACCAUCAAGCUUUGGAAGACGCACAAGAAUGUCCGUACCUACCCUGGUCACACGCAGGCUGUACGAGGCCUGGCUUUGAUCACCGACAUCGGUUUCGCAUCGUGUUCGAAUGAUAGCGAAAUCCGAAUCUGGACCAUGGAAGGCGAUUGCGUCUUUACGCUCUCAGGACACACAUCCUUCGUCUACAGUGUCUCCGUUUUGCCAAAUGGCGACAUCAUUUCUGGUGGCGAAGAUCGCACCGUGCGCGUGUGGCGAGAUGGAGAGUGCCUGCAAACAUUGGUUCAUCCCGCCAUCUCAGUUUGGGCAGUGUCGACGAUGCCAAACGGCGAUAUCGUCACAGGUUGCAGUGACGGCGUUGUGCGUGUCUUCAGCGACCAAGAAGAGAGGUGGGCACCGGCCGACCAGCUGAAAGCGUACGACGACCUCGUCGCCGCGCAAGCGCUCCCAGCACAGCAGAUCGGGGACGUCAAAAAGGACGAGUUGCCUGGUCCUGAAGCGUUGACGCAGCCAGGGAAGAAACCGGGUGAGGUCAAAAUGAUUCGUCGGGGCGACAAUGUGGAAGCCCACCAGUGGGACAGCGCUUCGGGCUGGCAGAAGAUUGGCGACGUCGUGGAUGCCGUGGGCCCAGGUCGGAAACAGCUUUACGAAGGGAAGGAAUACGACUACGUCUUCGACGUUGAUGUGCAGGAAGGCGCGCCACCGCUCAAACUGCCGUACAACGCUAGCGAGAAUCCCUACACUGCCGCGCAACGCUUUCUGCAGAACAACGACUUGCCAUUGAGUUACCUUGACCAGGUCGUUCAGUUUAUCGAGAAGAACACUGCAGGCGUGAGCAUUGGUGGCGGCAACAAUCAGUUGGUAGAUCCAUAUACUGGUGCCUCUCGGUACCAGGCAGCGCAAACUCCUUCAGCGGGCGCUGCCUCGGAUUUCAUGGACCCCUUCACUGGUGCUUCACGGUAUCGUGCCCUUGCACCUCCAUCGGCUGCAACGCCGACGCAUACCUCACCACCGCCAACAUCUGUCCGCAGCGAUCCUUGGACUGGAGCCUCGCGAUACUCGGGCAGCACUACCUCACCAGUCUCGUCGCCUCAGCCACUUCAGGCACCCGCGGGGAACAUCAUCCCUGUGCGAUCGCCGCUGUCUUUCCGUCAAGCGCAUGUCACUGCGAUGCAGGCGAAGCUGUAUCAGUUUGACCAGGCGCUUCGAAACGAGAUUUCUACCGGAUACCUCGCUAUGUAUCCCCAGGAACUUAACCUUAUAGAGGAGACGUUCGCGUACCUGGCGCAAGCGGUGUCACACCCACUGGAUCCUCCAUCAAAGAAGCUAACACAUAACCAUAUCGACGCCAUUAUCCAGCUUCUCGAACGGUGGCCACAGUCCCAGCUCUUCCCUCUGAUGGACCUAAGCCGUCUUGUACUAGCCUUCUGCCCUACCGCCUACGCUGACGCUGCCCUACGCGCACGAUUUGUCGCGGCACUGUUCGGUGGUGCCCAGUGGAGCGAUCCGUGGGUGUCGCCGCUGCCCAAGCCACGCGAGACCAAUCUGCUGUUCCUGUUCCGUUCGUUGGCGAACAUCUUCCAGGACGGAGUCGUGUUGGGCGACGGCGUCUGGGUGCAAGAGACCCUUGAUAAGAUUGGCGGGGCGCCGUACAUGGUGCUCACUAACUCGCUACGAGUAUCUCUAGCGACCAAUCUGUUCAAUCUUACGUGUACUGGUCUCAAGGAACCCUUGCCUAAUGGCAUUUGGGAACGGCUAAUUGGCUUGGUGCUCGAGAUCCUGGCUGCGGAAACUAGGGAAGCCGAGGCAGCAUACAGGGCCUUGGUCGCUCUCGGCAACAUUGCCUUCGCUGCAAAAGAGCAGUCUCGUCCACUAAGCGCCGAACAGACGGCUGUGGCCCGCAAAGUCUUGUCGUCACUUCCAUCAACGUUCCCUGAGCCCCGUAUCCAAGGCGUGACAAAAGAGAUCUCCGCCCUGCUCUGACGCGGCUAUCCAAGAACACAUCCUUUUCUUGACUCUGAAGUUCCAAUUGCAAUCGUCAAUCGCAGCCGCACUCAUGGUGAUAUAGGAAUGAAUGUCUUACACGUGGUAUUAGGUUUUGUCGGCGUCCGCUGCGUUGUUUCGGGCAUCGGCUACGUUGCGUCCAUUCGGUCGUCCGGAGGACGAUCCUCUGGUCCCUGCUACGCUCCUCCCUCCCUCCCUUUCUCGCGCGGUGCGUGAAGCCGGCGGAGGCUAUGAACUCAUGCGGACUAUAUAUCUCUAACUGUAGAACUCUGAACAUCCACCACCAACUGUAGCCCUGUAUUCCCCUUCCAAAUUGCUCCUUAUCUCUCAUCUCGUUUACGCUCGGCUCAGAGCCCCGCAAUGAUUGAUUUCUUCUUGUCAUUGUCAGCACUGGUAGAGACUGUUCGGUAUGGACAACUUAUGGCGCUAUUUCGUGUAUUACUGGGCGUAGGAGACAAAGCAGUUCAACACUGAGUAGGUAUGUCGGGACUUGUACUGGCUCAAUCGCACGCGAGUAUCGAACACGGUACACCAGGUAGAAAGGCAGACGUGUGUCAACAGUAAUAGUCUGACUCACGAUACUGUUGCUCGGUUAUUGCAUGGUCCAUUUCGGAGGAAGCGGACGGUUAAAUUAGAUACGGAAGCGACUAGGCCGGCGCAACAAGGGUAGGCCGGCGGAAGGAGCCAAGUCGUCGGCUUGCCCUGGGAGUCCGGGGUAGGUACAGUAAGCACAGCACGGAGGUCGAGCAACAGAAUCGAAGCGUCCGGAAGGAGAGAAUAGGAGUGGGUAUGGCGCAUGCAUGUACAAGAAUGAAUGGAGGCGGAUAUAUGCGUGUUUGGUGUAUACGCCGGAUCAAUCUGGCUGCCUGCGAAUGGCUGUGGUGUCGCGGCGGAGUGUGCAGGCAGGUCUUGGCUCGUUACUGGCUAUUUACGAGACCCAGAAGGCUAGUGCGAUAACGAGGUAGAGGGUGAUCAGCAUGAGUCCUUCCAUGUAGUUGGACUUGCCGUCCUGGAUAAGGAAGUUUACGAGGAGCACAGACACGAAGAGCACGAUGGUCUCGAAGUCGGCGAAGAACAGGGUGAGGUCAUGGUGAGUGAUCCAGCCAACGAUAACCAGCAGGGGCACAACAAAUGCAGCAAUUUGAAUCGAGCUUCCGACGCAGAUUCCGAUGGUAAGCUCCAUCUUGUUCUUCAAUGCCAUCCAAACCGAGGUAACGUGUUCAGCGGCAUUUGCCACAAUGGGAAGGAGGAUCAAACCGAUGAAGGGCUUCGGGAUGUGGUAGCGCUCGGCGGUCUCCUCGAUCGACGCAACCAAGUAGUCCGCGCAGAAGGAGGUGAUAAGGGUGACCAACAGCAGCGCAGAGCCAGCAGCCAAGGUAUUCAUUUGAGGCUCUUCCUCCUCCUCUUCUACUAUCGCAUCUGCAACAUACAAAUCGGAGUGCGUCCGGAGCUGGAAGAUCAAGUACGCGAUGUAGACGAAGAGCAGCAGAAUGGCGGUCCCGCGGGAGAUGAUCUUCAGUCCGUAGUAUGCGUCCGAAUCUAAGCUGCCGAGACCUAAUUCCAUCUGCGCCUUAUUGAAGGCAUCGAUGCCGGGAACGGCAAUAUCGGUAACAUUAGUGUCCACUCCCCCAUGCGACUUGGCGCUGUGGUAUGCGGCAGGGAUGACCAAGGUAAUGCAGGUCAGCGUCAUAAGCGAGCUCGAGGCCUGCGCGGCAGUGACUUGGAAGUUGGACUCGUGGAACUUGAGCCCACCAGCGAAGAAGGAACAUCCGAGGACGAGGAGCAGGUUCGAGAGGAUAGAGCCGAGCAGCGAGGUUUGGACAAUGCGAAGCUCGCCUUGGAGGAGAGCGGCAAUGCCGACGAUGAUCUCAACCGCGUUCCCAAAUGUCGCAUUGAGCAGUCCGGACAAGGUUUGGCCAAGUUUUAAAGAUAGUUGCUCUGUAGCAGUGCCAAGCAGAGCGGCCAGUGGCAUGAUCGCAAUGAAGCUGAACGAGAAGCGGAGCGCAGCGUCCCAGUUUAAUUGAUGUGCGACGACACUGAGCGGGACAAAGAGAAGGAGGAUGUUGAAGUACGAGCCAAAGACAAAGAACUUGUACGAGUGCAGCCACGACGGUUGGCCUUCUACGGACAGGGAGUCGGCGACGCGCGCGAAGAAGGGUUUUGGGUGGUGCGCGCCAUUCCCGUUUUCAAGGAGAGGAGUCCGGUCGGUUACAGCAGACAUAUAUGAAGCAGCGGUAUGAUAUGUAGUAC